CUCCAAGCACCGACUCCCCAUCCACUCUGACCACAGCCAGGGGCCACAUCCCACUGCCUGCCCAGCGUCCAUCCAUGGAGGUGACCACCGUGUCCCCAUCUCCCGCCUCACCCACUGAAGGGGACAAUCUCUGUGACAUAGAUGUCACCGACGUGGCCAUACACAGUGUGACACUGCUCAUCAGCCUCUGUGGGCUGGUUGGGAAUGGGGCUGUGCUCUCCCUCCUCAGCCUGAAAAUGCGUAACAUUGGCAUCUUUGACCUGGCUUUUGCUGACUUCUUUUUUCUGCUCUUCACAGUCCCCUCUGCCCUCCUCUUCCUGGUGGAGGACGUGUCCUGCUCUCCUAUAGUGCCCCUGCUGUACUUGAGUUUCCUUUUCCAGCUGUCAGAAGUCUCCUACUACUGGGUGAUUUUCUGGCUGGUGCGCACUGGCAGUGUGGUGCAUAUGUUAAAACUCUUCAUUCCCUGUAUGCUCUGCUGCCGCUGCACCCCUCCCAUGCGCCUGUUGUUCUUGAUGUUCAGUGUCCAGUACUGGGCCUUCUUUACUCUCUUCAUUGUCAUUCCUUCAGUGACAAACCUGUGCCCAUCACACCAGCAGGAGCACUGCAGGGCAGCUCUCAUCUCCAUGCACGUCCUCAUCCUCCUCCUCUUUGCUGCACCCCUGCUCAUAUCCCGCACAAUCAGCUUCAUUAAGGCGAAGUGGUGCUCCAAGGAGCAACAACCCAAGAGGCGCGACAUCAUUAUCUCCCUCAUUGUGAUCCUCAUUGUCCUUCUCAGCCUCUGCAAUCUCCUGCAGCAGCUUGGCUACACCCUUGUGUCUUCUCAGGUUGUUUUCCUGCUCAACUGCAUCCACAGCAGCAUCAAACCCUUCAUCUACUUCUUGGCUGGUAGGUGCUGGAGGCCCUGCUCCAUGAAAUCCCUCCGGCUCUCCCUCCAGAGGGCCUUUGAUGAGCAGGAAGAAAAAGCAGCCUGCGAAAAUGAUGCCCAAAAGGACACGGGGGUCUGAGCCUGGUGAUCCCUCCCACUGCUCUGCUGAAGGACCCUGGCACAGUGGCUCAGGCUUUCCUUGAGCCACCUGAUCAAGAAAUACCCACAGGAUGCCCCUCCCUGUGGUGCUGGAUUCCUGCGGGAGAAGGCAGCAGGGGCAGUGCCUUGGGUGAUUUUUGAGGGAUGCUCUGCAGGGAGCUCAUUGGAGCAUGGCUUUCCUCCUCCCUCCUGGAUGCACAUGGCUCCAGGCAGAGCAGCUGGGCUCAGUUCUGUUCCCCAGCUCUAUUCCCCAGGGGAAGAUCCUCCUUGCCUCAGCCCCAGGGAAUGAACUCCAUCUCCUCUGCCUACACACAGCAGUUUCCUGCUGUUUUCAGGGAUCUCCUGCCUGCAAAGAAUGUGACACCUUAAGGCCUGGGGACACACCCAGCACGGGGUGCUGGUCAUUCCCAAAUCCCUGCGGGGCUGGUGCCUCUGGAUGGCAGCAGAGGGGCUGGGAUCACAGGGAGCAUCCUUCCCCUUCUGUCUGGCAGAGCCGGCCCUGCAUUCCCAGCUGAUGGGGAGAGACACCAGGAAGGGCUGCAGAGCUGGGCAGGGACAGCAACAUUCCCUUCUUCUUUCAGGGAGAAUUUGUCACAUUCUUGAAUUCCAGAAUUCAGUCAUUCUGAGUAAAGGGCAGGGUCGAUAGUGAACUCCUCUGAACCCUUGUGCCUGUGACCAACAAGAAUAUGGAAUAUGGAAAUUCCCAUCCCCAGAUGCUUGGACCACUGAAUUUCACAGGAAUGAGGGGGUUCUGCUGCUGUUCUGCAGAAUGGGGCCAUCCUGGGGUUCCCAGCAUCCAAGUCCCAGGAAGUCCUGAAGCACCUCCAUCCUCAACCUGGCCACCCUCGGGAGGAGCUGCACAGCGACUCUGCACAGCAGCUUCAGCCAAAACCCAUCCUGAACUCAUCUUUGUCCUCAGGAAUUAGGGUGGGCUCUGAGUGCUGACAAGCUGCUGCAAGCACCUGAUUGCUGUCCUUGCCUUGGGCUGGGGGAGCCUGCACAGGAAUGAUGGAAAUGGGAGUCCAUGGCCCAGGGGUGCUGCCAUGAGCCCCGGGCAGGUUUGGGCAACGAUUCUGGAGCUCUUCCCAGAAUGGGAGUUGUUUCUGACAAGCAGCCAGGAGCUUCACCAGCGCUGCCAGCACUGCCAGCAUUGCAGGGCCAGCAGCAGCACCAGCAGCCCUCUGCUGCUGGAGGGACAAUGACCCCUCAGGGAAGGGAACCAGGGAAUGGUAGAGACCUGUCAGGAGAGGGAAGGCAGUUAAGAAUGGGACCCUCUCCUGGGAAGGAGCGUUUCUAUUUAGGGGUAAAUCAGGAGCCAUUCACAUAUAUUAUAAAUAUGUGAAAUUGGAGAUUGGCUCUCGCAAAUGUUGAACGGAUAUUAUGUGUGUUGUAAUGUUAAAAGAAGCUCUGUGAAGAUUUGGAGUGUUCCUAAUGUGAGUAUUGUGUUCAUGCUGAAAGCUGCAAUGCUGGUCUGGGACCAUAGCGGGGAGUGGAAGGCAGAGGGAGGGCACAAGCCCCGGGAAGGCGGGAGGAAGGAGGAGCAGUGUGGGAAGAGUGGGAUAUGGAUGAGUGUGGGGUUGGCUCAGCAAGGGGAUCGAAGGGAUUGUUCCUGUUGUGGGCGGGCUGCGUCUGACCGUGCUUGUGGAUCUUGUUUUUUCAUGGUCGUAGUUUAAUAAACAUUUUUUAAAAUAUAAGGAGUGAGGCGUCAUUUCUCACAACAAAGAAAAAGACCACUUGAUGAUUUGUAGGGGGAAAAAAGAAAGAUUCAAGCUCAAUAACCCCGAGGCUGUGGAACUCCGACUGCCCCGUGACUGCACCGAGACUUUGGAAACAACAGCGGGACCGGGCACGGGAGGAGCCAGCGGGACGGGAGUGGGGAGCUCCUGGUGAUCUGGGCACUUUCUCCUUCCUGGGACUGAGCUGGGAGGAGCCGCUUUAGGAGAUUGAUCCCAAAGGAGCACGGGGUACCAGGAAGCGCCGCUGAUCUGCACAGACCCCUUGGCCUG